GGCAAAUGUUCCCCCAGCUGUUUCCUGUCUACAGUGUCUGUGUUUUGUAGAUAAAUGUGAGGAUUUUCUCUAAAUCCCUCUUCUGUUUGCUAAAUCUCACUGUCACUGCUAAAUUCAGAGCAGAUAGAGCCUGCGCAAUGGAAUAAAGUCCUCAAAAUUGAAAUGUGACAUUGCUCUCAACAUCUCCCAUCUCUCUGGAUUUCUUUUUGCUUCAUUAUUCCUGCUAACCAAUUCAUUUUCAGACUUUGUACUUCAGAAGCAAUGGGAAAAAUCAGCAGUCUUCCAACCCAAUUAUUUAAGUGCUGCUUUUGUGAUUUCUUGAAGGUGAAGAUGCACACCAUGUCCUCCUCGCAUCUCUUCUACCUGGCUCUGUGCCUGCUCACCUUCACCAGCUCUGCCACAGCUGGACCGGAGACGCUCUGUGGGGCUGAGCUGGUGGAUGCUCUCCAGUUCGUGUGUGGAGAAAGGGGCUUUUAUUUCAACAAGCCCACUGGGUAUGGCUCCAGCAGUCGGAGGGUGCCUCAGACAGGCAUUGUGAAUGAGUGCUGCUUCCGGAGCUGUGAUCUGAGGAGACUGGAGAUGUACUGCGCACCCCUCAAGCCUGUCAAGUCAGCCCGCUCUGCCCGUGCCCAGCGCCACACUGACAUGCCCAAGACCCAGAAGGAAGUACAUCUGAAGAACGCAAGUAGGGGGAGUGCAGGAAACAAGAACUACAGAAUGUAGGAAGACCUUCCUGAGAAGUGAAGAGCGACAUGCCACCGCAGAAUCCUUUGCUCUGCACGAGUUACCUGUUAAACUUUGGAAUAACUACCAAAAAAUAAGUUUGAUAACAUUGAAAAGAUGGGCGUUUCCCCCAAUGAAAUACACAAGUAAACAUUCCAACAUUGUCUUUAGGAGUGAUUGAUAAAAGGUUUGCACCUUGAAAAAAUUGUCCUGGAGUUGGUAGAUUGCUGUUGAUCCUUUAUCAGUAAUGUUCUAUAGAAAAGAAAAAAAAAACAUAUAUAUAUAUAUAUAUAUAUAUAUAUAUAUAUAUACACACACACACAUAUAUAUCUUAGUCCCUGCCUCUAAAGAGCCACAAAUGCAUGGUUAUUAUGUAGAUCCAGUUGCACUAAAUUCCUCUCUGAAUCUUGGCUGCUGGAGCCAUUCAUUGAGCAACCUUGUCUAAGUGGUUUAUGAAUUGUUUCUUUACUUGCACUUCUUUCUACACAACAUGGGCUGUUUGUUUUACAGUGUCUGAUAAUCUCCUUCAUCUACACCCACCACCUCCCUUCAUAACCUUUAUAUUUGCCGAAUUUGGCCUCCUCAAAAGCAGCAGCGAGUCGUCAAGAAACAUACCAAUUUCUAACCCACAAGAUUCCAUCUGUGGCAUUUGUGCCAAAUAUAAGUUGGAUGCAUUUAUUUUAGACAUAAAGCUUUAUUUUUCCACAUCAUGCUUACAAAAAAGAAUAAUGCAAAUAGUUGCAACUUUGGGGCCAAUCAUUUUUAGGCAUAUGUUUUAAACAUAGAAACUUGCUUCAACUCAAAACAGUUUCUUCAAAUGAGGAGUUAAUGUGCAACCUGAUUAGUAACUUUCCUCUUUUUAUUUUUCCAUAUAGAGCACUAUGUAAAUUUAGCAUAUCAAUAAUACAAGGUAUAUCAAACAGUAUAUAAAACUCUGUUUUUUAGUA